GAGGAGGCAGCUAGGGUGACAGUGGCUCCGCGGACAGUGGGUGCCCUCGCAGCGGGAAGGGUCCCAGCGGGGUCAGCGGCAGGUGGUCCCCUGGCCGCCACCAGCUUUUGACCCUGGUUUUGCAGCAUAGCGGGACUACAACAUUCGGGAGAAGUACCUAGCGACGCUGUCUCUGGUGGGCGAGGGUUGGAAGGGCCCAAACCUCUGAAACAAGGCUGCGGAAGUUUCUGGACACCCAAGUCGGGACUCGAUUUAAUAUUCGGAGAAAGGAAUCCCCUUCCAGGUUGCUCCGGCUCUCACCAGGUGCAGCCGCAUCUUGUGGCUGAAUCAGAUUUUACUGCCUGGUUUUUCUCAGACCCCUUAAUACUUCUGUCUUAUCAUGCAGUAUGUAGGAACUGAACUUCAUUCUCAAUUGUUGGUCCUUGUUAAAAAUUGCUGAUUAUAAUAUUCCUUUGGUGGUGCGUCAUGUGCACGAAGAUUACGACAUCUAACCUCUGAUCCCAUUUUUCAAAAUGUCUUUGAUAAUCUGCUUAUACUCAGUAGAUACCCCUAAGAAGCAAUAGCUUUAUAACCUUUGGCAUGGUUAUAAGUUUCUAAAAGUGAAUUCCAAUUUGUGAAAUGAUAAAAUAUAGGAAUUAUCCAGCCUACCUCUACUACUUGAUGAAUAGAAAAUUGAGUGAUUUAAACUAAGUGCCAACAAGAGUUUGUCCUUGGUUCGUGUGCUUUGCAGCACUCCAGGUUCUUUUCACGUCUUUUCUUCCUGUAAAAUCUCCAUUUAAUUAGAAAAAAUGAAGCAGUUAAAAAGAAAAAGGAAAAGCAAUUUUAGUGUUCAAGAAACUCAGACGCUUUUGAAAGAAAUUACCAAAAGGAAAGAAGUUAUCUUUUCCAAGCAGCUCAAUACAACAAUAAAUGUGAUGAAACGAAUGGCUUGGGAGGAGAUCGCACAGUGUGUGAAUGCUGUAGGAGAAGGAGAACAGAGGACAGGGACGGAAGUGAAAAGAAGGUAUCUUGACUGGCGAGCACUUAUGAAGAGAAAGAGGAUGAAGGCGAACAUUAAGCUUGUUGGAUCAGGGUUUCCUCUUCCCACAUCUGAUUUAGAUGACUCUCUCACUGAAGAGAUAGAUGAAAAGAUUGGAUUCCGAAAUGAUCCAAAUUUUGAUUGGCAAAAUGUGGCAGAUUUCAGGGAUGCAGGUGGAUCCUUAACAGAGGUCAAAGUGGAAGAAGAAGAAAGGGAUCCCCAGAGUCCUGAAUUUGAGAUUGAGGAAGAGGAAGAAAUGCUGUCAUCUGUCAUACCAGAUUCCAGAAGAGAAAAUGAACUUCCUGACUUCCCCCACAUUGAUGAGUUUUUCACCCUUAACUCAACACCAUCCAGGUCUGCAUAUGAUGAGCCCCACUUGCUUGUAAACAUAGAGAAACAGAAACUAGAGUUGGAAAAGCGACGACUGGAUAUUGAGGCGGAAAGGCUUCAGGUAGAAAAGGAACGCCUACAGAUAGAGAAGGAGAGGCUGCGGCAUUUAGACAUGGAGCAUGAGCGCCUGCAGCUGGAGAAGGAGCGGCUACAGAUUGAGAGAGAGAAAUUGAGGUUACAGAUAGUCAAUUCUGAGAAACCAUCUCUGGAAAGUGAACUUGGCCAAGGAGAAAAGUCCAUGCUUCAGCCACAGGACAUAGAAACAGAGAAGUUAAAACUUGAGCGAGAACGCUUGCAGCUGGAAAAAGAUAGGCUGCAGUUUUUGAAGUUUGAAUCAGAGAAGCUGCAGAUCGAAAAGGAACGCCUACAAGUAGAGAAAGAGAGACUUAGAAUUCAGAAGGAAGGACACUUGCAGUGAUUUCUUUAGUCUCCAUUUAGCAAAUGUUUGUAGACUAUAGGUUUUUCUCAUAUCAGGUGAUAUAAAGGUGAUUGCUGGAUUAGCUUUGUUUUUAAAAAAUUUUUCAUAUCUAAUGUGUUUUCAGUAGGAAAAAGAUAGUUACAUGUGGGUGGUUAUAUGCUUGAAUAGUAUAGUAUAUAAAACUCUGUGCCCUAGCAUAAACAGAAAAUUAUUGUGCUAGACUCUCCACAUUAGUAAUAUAACAUAGAGUCUUGUAUUAUCUGUGCACCCAGAGUUUACAAUUAUGUCUAUGUUAAAUUCUAACCCAGUGGUUCUCAGUGAAGGGUGAUUUUGACUUCCAGAAGACAUUUGGCAAUGUUGAGACAUUUUUGUCAAAACUGGCAUGGGAGGGCAAGUUGCUACAGCAUGUAAUACAUAAAGGCCAGGGAUCCUGCUGAACAUCCUAUAAUGCACAAGAUGCACAGUUAAGAAUUUACAAACCCAGGGGCUGGGGAGAUAGCUCAGUCAGCAGAGUGCUUGCCUUACAAGCACAAGGCCCUGGGUUUGAUCCCCAGCACCGCAAAAAAAAAAAAAAAAAAAAAAAAAAAAAAAAAAAAUUGUGCAAGAAUUUACAAACCCAAAUGUCAUUCAUGUCAGGUUUGAAAAAACCAUAUCCUAGCCCAACUAUGCUCCUCUGUAAUGUUUUAUAGUUUUAGAAUAUUAAAAAUAUCAAAUGUUUAUGUGGGUAGAUACUUAAAUUGCCAAAAAACUUUUAACUAUGAAACAUGACUCUGUAGUAUAUUGAAUAUAGGAAGUGAUGAAGAUUAUAAAUAUUUUAUCUCCAUGUUUCCAUCUAUAAAUAGCUGGAUAUUCAGAAAACAACACAGGGAACCUCAGAGAUUGUCUAAAAUUGGCCACUCUGAAACAAAACUCAUUCAUCUAUUGACGCUUUUGAAACAACAUACAACAUCAAAACUUUGAUUUCCUUUCUGCUUUGAAUCUGUUGUCUUAGUUUGACUAUAAAAGUUGUCAUUUCAAUCAUGUACUAAAAUGUUACAAAAGAGAAUGAUGGAAGCUAGUAAAAAUGCUACCAAUGUAAAAGUGGUACCAGCCAUCCAUGCACUUGGACCCAGGGCGUGCUUGGUUGACUUUUAAAAUAAAGACUAACUGUAUGGGAGUAGGAGGUGGGGAGAAUUUCCUAUGUAUCAAAUAAUGAUGAUGAUGUUUAAAUAACGAUAAUAGCUGAGUUUUAUCGAUGGGGAAAGCACUAACACACAAUUUGACCUAAUCUGUACAAUGUUCUUGAGAGUAGUGUCUAUUAUUCCUGAAUCUGAAGCUCAUAGAAGUCACAGUGAGUAAAUGACUGAUUCUUUA